CGCGUGCCAACGUGUACUACGUACUACCGCCAUCUACCGACGGUAAAACUCGAACACGCAAUCCAAAUAGUACACUCGUAAAUACCGUUUUUAGUCAAAGUGACAACCGAGAAAGUUUCGUCCACAGGGACUCAGCCCAUCAUCAGGAAUCUUCAAAUAAAUGAACUUAUUGUGUUUUCUUCAAUAUGAAUUGUACGUAUGGUUACCAAAUUCAAGCGAAUUCACCCACGGAAGCUACUGGUGCUGAUCUCUUAGAGGAACACCCAAGUUUAAGAGGUACUCCAUUGGCAAUGUUGGCCGCUCAAUGCAAUAAACUCAGUAGCAAGUCGCCUCCGCCGCUGGCAGAUGCCGCAGUGGGAAAAGGUUUUCAUCCGUGGAAAAAGAGUCCUCAGGGAGCUCCAUCUCCAGGGUCAAGUGUAUCUUCGGCUAGCUCCUUACCAACGCAAAGAUCGUCAGCGUCAAAUACGACGUAUAGCAGCAGGCCUGUGAUGACGUCGUGUUCGAGUGUGCCUACCACAGCAUCUUAUGGCAGCGACUUAUACUUUCCUGGUGCGACGACAAGUCCGGCGGUUGCUGAUAACACUCAUGUACACCAUCACCAAUCCUCUUUGUUGGGAAAAGUUGAAGGUGCGGCAACGGCUCAUCACGCCGCUCUAGGAUCCGUGUACUCUAGACACUAUGAACCGUGGCCUUUUAACACUAUGUCUAGUGCGACCCACCAUGGUGGGAUUAAAAGUGAUUCUGUAACGUCAAACUCUUGGUGGGAUGUUCAUUCGGCUACUGCUGGGAGUUGGUUAGAUAUGAGUGGAGCCGCCGGAAUGCAUGCCCAAAUGGCGGCCAAUUAUUCCUCUGACUAUUCUUCGUUAACACAUUCUUUGGCUUCGAAUCACUUGUUAUCGUCAGGACAACAUCUACUCCAAGAUACGUAUAAGUCGAUGUUGCCUGGAGCUCAAGCAGUCGGCUCGUUUGGAUUACAUCCAACGGGAUCGGCGCCAUCGCCAACUUCCGGCGCAGGAAGUUUACCACCUCAGGUCCCAUCACCGAGAUCGCAAAGACGUUACACCGGAAGAGCGACUUGCGACUGUCCAAAUUGCCAAGAAGCCGAAAGAUUGGGACCUGCUGGUGUUCAUCUCCGGAAGAAGAAUAUCCAUAGUUGUCACAUACCCGGCUGCGGGAAGGUAUAUGGAAAAACAUCCCAUUUGAAGGCCCACCUGAGAUGGCACACUGGGGAACGUCCGUUCGUAUGCAACUGGCUGUUCUGUGGGAAACGGUUCACGAGGUCGGACGAACUCCAAAGGCAUCUGCGAACCCACACUGGCGAAAAGAGGUUUGCUUGUCCGAUAUGUAAUAAGCGUUUCAUGAGAUCCGAUCAUUUAGCUAAGCACGUGAAGACGCACAAUGGAAAUGGUAAGAAGGGCAGUUCGGAAUCGUGUAGCGAUUCCGAAGAAAACAGCCAGAGCGAUAUGACCAACAACGUGAAUUCGCCUGGAUCUAUAAACAACACACCUCCACCAUCCGCGCCCAUUGGAUUGGACAUGGUAACAGGACUCGAUGUUAAACCCCCCGGGUUGGUUUGAUGGGGCCCCGCACUCCUCUAUCCCGGUUAUCGUUAGAACAUUUUUUGUAAAGAAAAAAACUUAAGCGCUGUACAUAGUGUCUGUGAAACCGAGAGCUUUAGUAAUAAUCUAAUUAAUUAAUUUUUGAUCUUUUCUUUCUCGAGAUUCUAUAUUGUAAAUACUUAUAAAUAUAUUUAAUUUUUUUUGGUAUAUAAUGCGUAAGUGUAACGUGAUGAUGCACCAAUAGGAGCACAUCCGUCAUCCGUUGGCUGUUGAGAAACGUGUGUGCGCAUGUGUUACAUAUCAAUCUUAUCUCUUCUCUAUUGCUACCAAUAAAUUUCAACAUCUUAUUAAUCAAUUAUUAAUUAAUCAAUUCCUUCUUUGCGUUAUAGUCGUGAAACCAUUUUUUAUUAUGAUACUACACCUUAAUCGUUAAUGUAUUACUUAUCUGUUGUGUACCGAAAAACCGCAUCACCGUUGAAUGAACGUCAUGUUUCUCUUCUCGCCAAAGAAUUUGUAAUUCUUGUAAAGUUGUAUACUAUCUGUAAAUUAUUAUUAUUAUAUUGAGCUUUUGUGAAACACGUUGACAGUAAAAUAUAAUUUUCAAUCUGGA